CUGUGGAGCUCCUCCCCUCAGGCUCCAACACUCUCCAGGCAGAGAGACGCUGCGUGCCACUGGCACUGAGAACAUGUCCGGAAGGAAUGGCCCACAGGACACGUGUGGACAUGUGCUGGACACAGCUGCUUCAGAACUGCUUUUGCAUUCUCCUGUUGACCCAGAUUGGCCACAACAGAGCUGCUCCUCAAAUUACUCUUCAUGUAGAAGAGGAGCAGCAGGAAGGUGUCAAACUUGGCACCAUCAGCCGACAGCCAUCCACACUCUUACCACCGGGACAGCAGCCCUCAUACCAGCUCCUUACAGCGGAAGAGCGUGUGAGAGUUGACCAGAGCACUGGUGACUUGUACGCCACCUCACGUGCCAUCGACAGAGAGUCACAGUGCCCAGCCGAGCACCAGACAGGGCAGUGCCAGCUGCUGUUGGAUGCUUUCAUAAACCCCGGUGCUGAGAUAAUAAAGAUACAAAUGGUCAUCCAGGACAUUAACGACAACGCACCUCACUUCCAGGAGAGCAUCAUCCAACUUUCCAUCCCGGAGGAUGUUGCCGUGGGAACAAGGUUUGAGCUGGACCACCAUGCAGUAGAUCUGGAUGCAGGCAGUAACGGGACAGUGAUUUACCAACUGGAGGGGGAUGAUGGCUUUUUCAGUGUGGUUUCUGAAGGAUCAGCGCCAGUUGUGGUUGUUAAGAACCUGCUGGACCGGGAAAUCCAGAAUAUUCAUCAGAUGACCCUCAUCGCCGUCGAUGGAGGAACCCCACGUCUAACAGGAAGCACGACAUUGGUUGUGCAGGUGCAGGACUCCAAUGAUAACUGCCCUGAGUUCACCUCUCCUGGCCCCAUUACUGUUUCCAUCCCUGACAACAUGCCCAUUGGCUCUGAGGUGGCCCACGUGCUUGCCACUGACCCUGACCUGGGUUCCAAUGCCAAAAUCACCUACUCCUUUAGUCACAAGGUCUCUGAGGCAGCAAGGGCAAUGUUCAACUUGGACAGCAACACUGGAGUCAUCACCUUGUCCAGAAUCAUCAACAGAAGUACCACUUCUGAGCAUGUGCUCAAAAUCUGGGCAAGUGGCCCACACUGCCCCCCUGAUGAUACAGACGUUAUUGUGUCUGUGGUCCCGGUGGCAAGCCAGCAACCAGUGAUGGAAGUCAGGUAUAUAGCUAAGCACCAGGAUCAGAUGGUGGUGCUGAAAGAGAAUGAGCCAGUCAACACAGCCUUAGCCCUUUUGGAAGUGAAAACCCCUGACAGGAUCAAAGGCUUGCCAUACAUUGAAGGGGAAACCCCUUUUGUUAUAAAGCCACAACAAGGAAAAUAUCUUUUAGUUACCUCCAGGCCCUUGGACUUUGAACAAGAAAGGCAGCACGACAUUGUCAUCGUGGCCAGUGACGCCAAGGACUCCAGUAUUUACCACAAGAAGCAGAUUCAAGUCAGUGUGGAAGACAUUAACGAUAACGCUCCCUGGUUCCACCAAAGUCGCUUUGAGGUUGCCAUUGAGGAGAACAACAAGCCGGGAACGAUUCUCAUACAACUGACGGCAACUGACGCAGACAGCCAGCAGAACGGAGAGGUGACUUACUCGCUGGGGACAAACACCCCACCCAUGUUUAGCAUCAAUAAGGUAACGGGAGAGCUGUCAGUCUCAUCUGUUCUAGACCGGGAGCACAAGGAGUUUUACAGUCUUACCGUGCACGCGAGGGAUCAGGGCUCCCCACCUCUCCAAACCAGCGUCACCGUGAUGAUCCAGGUGCUGGACCAGAACGACAACAGACCAGCCUUCAUCACCUCCGAAUUUAUAUUCUUCAUCCCCGAGAAUUUCCCUACGUUCGGGGAGGUGGGGGUAAUAAACGUGACGGACCGGGACUCGGGGGCCAACGGCAGGGUGGAGGUAUCGCUCCUGAACGACAGCAGCCCGUUCGUGAUGGACAAUGUGCACGGGACACUGCGCUGUGCGGCUGAGGUAGACCGGGAGAAGCAGGACCGGCACGAGGUCUGGAUUGUGGCGCAGGACCACGGGAGCCCUUCCCUUUCCGCCACUGCCAAAGUCACGGUGUUCGUCCUGGACAUCAACGACAACCCUCCCAGAGUGCUGCUGCCCGCCACCAACCUGUCCUGCCUGACGGUGCCGCCCGGCACUCCACCAGGCUCCGCCAUUGCCGAGAUCUACGCGGUCGACGCGGAUGCUGGGAUCAACUCCGUUAUCUCUUACUUCAUCAUUGCUUGCGAACCCCCGGGGCCCAGCCCGUUCCAGAUCGACCACUCCUUGGGAAACAUCACCCUGGCCAGGCGACUUCAGGAAGCCGACUACGGCUUCCACCACCUCUUUGUUGCAGUCCGGGACGGCGGAAGGCCCACCUCCCAGCAGGCCACAGUGUGGGUCAACCUGCAGGUGAACGACACCGGGGGCCCCUGCAGUUUGAAAGGCGUCCCCGAAAACAUCCAGCUCAUACAGCCCUCUGCCCAGAUACAAACCAUGUGCAUUAGCAACGCCUCCGAUACUGAGAAGUGCCAGGUUGUAUUCCUCCUUGGCCUCAGCAUGAUCGUGGCCUCCCUGCUCCUUCUGGCAUUAGUUGGCACGAUUGUAAAGUGUAGACAAAGGAACAGAAAGGGUCAGAGCAGGACUGGCAAAGAUGUUCAAAUCCCUUUAAAACUAAAAGAAGCCUAUGACACUAGAGACUGGCCAGAUGUGCAGUGAAAUAUCCCAUUGACUGCAUACAUGUACAGCACAUCAUUUGUUUUAUUGUACAUAGAGUCAGAGUCCUGUAUUUGUAGUGUAAUUUAUUGUUAGCUUUUCAAUUGUAAAAAUAUCCGGUAUAUAUUUUUAUAUCCUAUUUUACAAUUGGUUAAUGGGGUGGCCUGUAUGGAAGUCUACAACAGUGAAUUUCCACGACAAUUGGGUACUUGUGCUGUGUUUUCUUUUUAACCCAUAUUUACUGUGCUUUCACAGUGUGUCCUUCUUAGAAGUUCGGGUGGAUAGCUGCAUCAGCAUGCAUAGGCUGCAAAGGAACGGGUAAAGGUUUAUUCCAUGCUUUUCUUAGUACUGUGUUCUGGCCUUUCUUUAGUAAAUCUCAUUAACUUUUAACUGGUUCUUACGACACUGUAAUCAGAUAUAUAAAAUUACAUUUUUUGGGACUCCGACUUUACAGUAUAAGGAAGUUAAUUUGUGUUAACUUCUUGUCAGCCACCAAAUCUCAGGUUCGAAAAUCUCCUUUCUUCUGGUUCCCCGUGUGUCUGCGUUUCCUGGAACAACCUCUUCCCCUAAAAAUGUCUGUUGUGCUUCUUUACACAGUUAUUCAUGGCAUUUAGAAUAAAAAAUAAAAAUGAAAUUCGGUCAAUGCAUCAUGAGAGUACAGUGAAAAAAACUUUUAGGAUGACGUUUAUUAUUACCAC